ACCUGCGCAAGGUACUCAAAGAACAGGCGGCUGAGGCAAAAAAGAGUCAUUUCGGAAAGGAAACUGACACGUUAUUUUGUGGAUCACCGGAAAGUGCGUGUGGUUGGAGGACAAGGAGGAGGAGGAGGUCAUUCUUUUUAUAGUGAACCCAGAAAAAUAUUUGGAGGUCCUGAUGGUGGAAAUGGAGGUGAUGGGGGUCAUGUCAUUUUGAAAGCUGACCAGCAAAUGAAAUCACUUUCUUCAGUCCUCCCCUUCUAUCAGGGUUUUCAUGGAGAGAAAGGAGGAAGCAAAAACUGUUACGGAGCUAAUGGUGCAUACAUGUAUGUUAAAGUCCCUGUAGGUACAUUGGUUAAGGAGGAUGGGAAAGUUGUGGCUGACCUCACUCAACAUGGUGAAGAGUAUGUUGCAGCUUAUGGAGGAGCUGGAGGGAAAGGUAAUCGCUUUUUUCUUUCCAAUGAAAACCGAGCUCCAACAUUAUUUACUCCAGGAGAGCCAGGUCAGGAAAGGGUCCUCCAUCUGGAACUCAAGACAACAGCUCAUGCAGGAUUGGUGGGCUUUCCCAAUGCUGGCAAAUCAUCGCUUUUGAGAGCAAUCUCCAGUGCAAAGCCAGCAGUGGCUGCCUACCCAUUCACAACCCUAAAUCCCCAUGUCGGCAUUGUGCGCUAUCAAGACUAUGAACAAGUAGCAGUUGCUGACAUUCCUGGCCUAAUAAAAGGUGCUCAUCAAAACAGGGGCCUCGGGAUGGCCUUCCUAAGGCACAUUGAACGCUGCCACUUUCUCUUAUAUGUGGUGGAUCUCUCUGUGUCUCAGCCAUGGAUUCAGCUGCAAGACUUAAAAUACGAACUGGAACAAUAUAAAAAAGGAUUGUCUCAGAGGCCUUGUGUUGUCAUCGGGAAUAAGAUUGACCUUGCUCAGUCCAGGAUCAAUCUGCCACUCCUUAAAGAACAGAUAGAUGACCGGGUCAUUGCAUUGUCUGCAUUGACAGGAGACAACCUAGAGGAACUGUUGUUGCAUUUGAGAGAACUGUAUGACACUUAUGUGAAGACAGAACAAUCACGAGGGCAAAGCCCAGUCAAGUGGUAGGAACCGGAACUGCUGUGAACUGUACUGGAAAGAGAAGAAAAAGCGUAAUUUGAUUAGAUUGCAUCUGUGUGGUUUUGGGUUUUUUAUGUUGGUUUGUUUUUUUUUUUAAAUGCAAGGAGCACAGCAUGUGGAUUUGUUCUGGACUGCUGCAUUGGAAGGAUCUUGUUUGUUUGUUCACCUUUGAGGUGUCUCAGGUGUUUUACAACAAAACUUGAUAAUUGUAAUAAUGAUGGGUGCUGAAUUGGAUACCUGGAUCUUGUUUGGCAUUAGACAGUUAAUUAUGGAAUGAAGAGAAUGCUGUCUAAUAGAAAUGACUGAAAUGCAGGAUCUGCCAGAGAUGCUGGCUUGCUUUCUGAAUCGGAGUGAAGUGACUUCUCAAUUUUCACUAAUCAAAAAUUCUGAAAUAAAAAUAAGUUGGUCCCAUGUUUAUCUGUUUUCAUACCAUAACCUCUUUCAGUCAUCUUCUCUUAAGCUUUUCUCCUGUUGGGUUUUGUUUUGUUUUUUUUUCUCAGAGGAGGCCCAGCUGCUCAGUAUUUUUAGGGAGGUGGAGCAUGAAACAGCUGCAAUUAAUGAUUGAAAUUAUUUCCUCGUUAGUAUAAAUAAUUAACUAUCUUUAAAUGCUGGCAGCAGCUAAGUAGCUGUAUAAACUAGCCAGGGAACAGUCAUUUGAGACUCAUUUCUGAGUGCUCCAGUUUUCUUGAGGAAUCUCAAGCAAUGUUCUGAGAACUCCUAGGCUUAGAUAUUCCAAAUAAAAGAAAAGUAUGGUUC